CUCCUUUAGCGCUUCUUUUUGUAUACCUUUCUUCUGCUUCUUCUCUACACUCUUUGUCCUUAUAUACUGUAUUUCGAUUCCAUUACACAGUUCUAAGGUGAAUUUCUUUCAGUAAGAAAUGGAAUCGACGAGAAAGGCGUCAGGGAGAUCGUCGAUUGUAGAGUCCAUAAAAGGUUUUACUUUGGCCGGAGUUAGGAUUUCCAAGGAGGAUCUACGGAGGAGGAUAACUAUGCCGGAGUAUUUAAGGCUUGCCAUCAGGGAGGCUAUACAGAGUAAGGAUGUCAACACUGUAAGAAGACAUCUCGAUAUGGCUUAUGCCGCCGGCGCCGACAUUCCUCAGCCGACGGAGUCGCCGAUCAUCGUUUUUAUUAAUUCUAAAAGUGGUGGAAGACAUGGACCACAGCUUAAAGCUAGGCUACAGGAACUCAUGGGUGAAGAACAGGUUUUUGACCUUUCAGUUGUGAAGCCUCAUGAGUUUGUUCAAUAUGGAUUGAGUUGCCUGGAGAAGUUUGCUGCUCUUGGUGACAGCUGUGCAAAAGUGACUCGUGAGAGGAUAAGAGUUGUGGCAGCCGGAGGUGAUGGCACCGUUGGAUGGAUUCUUGGCUGCCUUGGAGAGCUUAAGAAACAGGGUCGAGAGCCAGUUCCACCAACAGGAAUAAUUCCACUUGGCACAGGAAAUGACUUAUCCAGGAGUUUUGGAUGGGGGGGCUCAUUUCCUUUUAACUGGAAGUCAGCCACAAAAAGUAUUCUUGACAGAGUUGCAACAGGUCCAAUUAACCAUCUGGAUAGCUGGAAUCUUCUAAUAUCAAUGCCGGCUGGGGAAAAACUGGAAACACCUCAUUCUUUGAAACCUACUGAGGAUGCAUCUCUUGAUCAGGAAUUGGAUAUUGAUGGUGAGUUGCCCAAGAAGUUGUCCAACUAUCAAGGAGUAUACUACAAUUACUUUAGCAUAGGAAUGGAUGCACAGGUAGCCUAUGGCUUCCAUCAUUUACGGAAUGAAAAACCAUACCUUGCACAAGGUCCAAUAUCAAACAAGUUGAUUUACUCAGGAUAUAGUUGCACGCAAGGCUGGUUCUUUACACCAUGUAGCAGUGACCCUUGUUUGAGGGGAUUGAAUAAUAUUUUGCGACUAUAUGUUAAGAAGGUCAGCAGCUCAAAGUGGGAGCAAGUCCCUGUUCCUUCAAGUGUUCGGUCUAUAGUCACUCUAAAUCUCCCUAGCUAUGGCGGUGGAAGGAAUCCAUGGGGACAUUUGAAGCCAGAGUACUUGGAGAAGAGGGGUUUUGUGGAAGCCCAUGCAGAUGAUGGUUACCUUGAAAUUUUUGGCCUGAAACAUGGAUGGCAUGCCUCUAUGGUUAUGGUUGAGCUCAUCCCUGCAAAACACAUCGCCCAGGUUUCAGCAAUUAGAUUUGAGUUGCGUGCGGGAGAGUGGGAUGAAGCUUAUAUGCAGAUGGACGGUGAGCCAUGGAAACAACCAAUUAACAAGGAAUAUUCAACCUUCAUUGAAAUUAAGAGAGUACCAUUUCGGUCUCUCAUGGUUAACGGGAAGUAGAAUUUGAUCGCCCUUCUCUUGCUCCACAUCUUCUUAGAAUUGUAGUUUCCUAUGUCGUGUAAAGCAUUUCGACCUCCCAGAAUAGCUGUUGCUUGUUGGCGUGUACAUACAAUAUGUGUAUUCUAAUUUAUACGCAUGGACGUAUUAUCUGAUUUAUUAUACUGUUGAUUUUACCAUGA